UCAAGAAAAUUUGUUCAGCGGCAGCAUGGAUGCAAGUUAACAAGUCGUUUUUCUGCCGGCACCAUUAAUAUUGUAGUUUCACGUUUGUUUUGUUAAAAGACUUAAUAUAUUUCAAAAAUGGGUUCUUAUUUAUCCACACCUGUUACUAAGAAAUUUUCGAGUGACGAAGUGAACGAUAAAUUGAAGUGUGGUUCCAGUUCAAUGCAAGGCUGGCGCGUAACCCAGGAAGACGCACAUAAUUGUAUAUUAGGUUUUGAUGCAAACACAUCAUUCUUUGCUGUCUAUGACGGGCAUGGAGGCCACGAAGUAGCCCAGUAUUGUUCGGAGAAUCUUCCACAGUUUGUCAAAGAUACUCAGGCUUAUAAAGACGGUGAUAUAACUAAAGCAUUGAUAGAAGGUUUCCUGGGGUUCGAUGCUACCAUCGCAACUAAGAAAGUAGUAGAUGUAUUAAAAAAAAUUGCUGGAGAUAAAGAAGCGACAGAGGGAAGCGACGAUGAAGAGAAUGUCGAUAAUUUAUACGAAGAAGCGGCUAUGCCUAUUGAGCAAGUCAUUGAGAAGUAUACGAAUUUGGUAAACCCAGCACACAAAGCCUUAAAGAAAGCAGAUAGUGAUAAGUUCCCAAAAUCGCCGUUUUUAAAGGCAAAGAAGGAAGGUGAGUCCUCGGUGGCCAGUUCAAGUUCUGAGGCUGAUGAUUCUAAAGUAAAUUCUUCGGAAGGUUGUGCUAGUAGUACCGAUGAAGUUAGUAGUUCAUCUAACUACUUAAAUGAGGCCAAAACUGCAUUGGAUGUGGAAGACCAACCGGAAAAACAUUCUGAAACUAACGGUUCCGUACCUGAGGGGAAAGUAACUUCGUCAGAUAGUCCCGAUUGUAAAGAAGCGGCGGUGGCGCCAUCGAAUGCCGAUUCAGAAUUGAAAAAAGAGGAAAUACCAGUUUCUUCUCAGAACGGAGAAGUGUCUGAGUCGGACUCAAAGGAUGAUGUCACUAGUUCUUCCGUUUCCCAAGAAAACGGGGAGGUGACUUCGAAGGGUAAAGGUAAAGCCUUGGCUAAAACGAAAGUGUCGAAAACCCCAGUGAACGUGAGGCCCAAGAGGAAUGCGAAGCAGCUCUAUAAAACGUUGCUCGACUUCGGGGAAGACAGCGAAGACACGGAGGAUGAGGAAGAUAAAAAUUUCGAGGGACCGAACGUAGACGGUAGUUCUGACGACGAUGACGAGGACGGCGUGAACGCCGCCAUAGAAGUGGAGGGAUCGGAAGAGAGUUCCGCGGAAGAAGAAGGAGACGAAGAGGAGGACGAAGAAGACAUCGACGACGAGGACGAGGAGGACCUCGAGUUCGGAAAUAACAUGAAAGAAGAGCCCGGAUCUGAUAGUGGCUGUACGGCCGUCGUGGCCCUGUUGAGGGGAAACGAACUGUACGUGGCCAACGCUGGCGACUCGAGGUGCAUCGUUUGCCGGAAUGGAAAAGCUGUGGAGAUGAGUUUCGAUCACAAGCCGGAGGACGAACCGGAAAGGGCACGGAUAGUGAAGGCCGGCGGUAAAGUGACGACCGACGGUCGCGUGAACGGAGGACUGAAUCUAUCGAGGGCCAUCGGCGAUCACGCUUACAAACAGAACAAGGAGAUGUCGGAUAGGGAGCAGAUGAUCACGGCUCUGCCUGACGUGAAGUCGUUGACGAUAAAUCCGGGCGAGGACGAGUUUAUGGUACUCGCCUGCGACGGCAUCUGGAAUUUUAUGUCUAGUCAAGAGGUUGUCGAUUUCGUCAAGCCCAGGAUAGCGGCGUGCGAGGAUCUGUCCCACAUUUGUGAGGAGAUGUUCGACCACUGCUUAGCGCCGGACACAAUGGGUGACGGCACGGGUUGUGACAACAUGACAGCUAUAAUAGUACAGUUUAAGUCUAAUAUUCUUAAAAGGUCGGCCGCCCCGGAGCCGGGCGAGAGUGAUCCGAAAAGGGCAAAGACUGAAGAAAAUGAGUCACAGAUCGACACUACAGCGUGAACCAUUCGUUCUUUUUUUUUAUACAAUAAUAGGUUAAAGAACAGUAUGUUUAUGUUAUUUCACAUUAUUUCAAGUAUUUUUUAAAGGAUAGUGUAAACUUAUUCUCCGUUUAGUUUCAGUUCUGUUUGUCCGCUGUGGGGGUAGUUUUAUUUUUCACGAUAUUCGGUACAGGUACGCAUACAAAAGCCUUGAAAGAAACACGCGAGUUUGGAUCGAGGGAGAAGCGAACUAGUUUUUACAGACCUGCGAAAAGAUAAAAAAAUAUUUUUGUAUCAUUUUUCUGAUUGCCUGGAUAUCGCUUCGUUUUUUUUUGUAAAUUAAAAUGUAAAAAGAGGCACAAAGAAACAUUUUAAUAUGCAAUAUUUACACUUAUAAUCCACAAGGUCGUUCGAAUUAGGGCAAAGUUGCGAAGUUUAAUGACUAAUAACGUGUCAAAAAAUUAAACGCUGAAAAUUUUGAUUUUUGUUUUUGUGUUUUUAAUCAAAAAAUGGAAAGAGGUGCAUUUUGUAAACCUGAAACAUCUUUAAGACACUUCUUUGCUUGGCAUUCAAAUAUGGCAGAAGGCGAAGUACCAUUCAACUUUUUUUAUGGCCAUUGUAUUGGAUUUUCGCAUUUUUUAAUUCAGCGAAAUUUUGUGAUUACGACGAUACCUCAUACGUUGUGGUAAACUUCUUUGAUUUCCUUAAAAUACCAAAUUAUCCAUUUUCACAAAGAGUGCUUUGGCAGCAAAACAACUGACCACUACUUAUAGGGAAAUAUUGACAGUUCCGUUAAAUUUUCUUUGACAAUUAUCAAAGAUUAAGAUGAUUAAAGUUGCAAUUUUCACAUGAAGGACAAUAUGUGUUUCAAAUAUAUUGAUUAAUUAAUUUAAAGAAUAUUUCGUGUAAAUUUCAUUUUUUAUUAUUUGAACUUUGAUGAACUUUGGUCAUUGAUGAAAAUUUAACGGAACUGUCAAAAUUUCUUUCAUUUGUUUUCAAAGCACUAUGAAUCUUGACAAUUUUGUCAAUUGAAGUAAACCAAAUGACACCACACCCAUAACAAAAGCAAAAGAUGUACGUCAGGUAGGCGCAAUGACUAAUAUGAUUGCAUGUUUUAUUUAUUUAAGUAUCUUGACAAUGUCCGUGUUUAAAAAAUUAUACCCCUUUUCGUUUUCGAUUCAAAAGAAAUGAAAAAUGAAAUUUUAAAUUUUUCGUCAAUAACUUCAAAGGACCCUGUAUAUUGUGAGAAAUAAAUAUUUAUCAGUUUGGACUUAAUCAGUAUAUUAAAUUCGAUUAACAUAAAAUUUAAAUCGAUUGAAAUAACGAAUUAGGAAAUUUAAAAAAAAAUUGAUACUUAAAGCAAAUUUGUAUGCAAGUUUUCAAGAAAUUUACGAAAUGUUUUAUUUUUGACUUUUUCAACUGACGAAAAUGCUCUAUUGUAUUUUAUUUGUUUGAGUUAUUUACGAUGCCUUUUUCCUAGGAAUAAAUUUUUACAGUUGAAUAAUACGAAUCAAAAAUAUCAAGUAAGACACCAAUUUAGAAUUUUUUUGUGCCGCACAAUUCUAAUGAUUUUUUAUUUUUUUGAUACAUUGCAAGCCUCUACACUUAUCAAAAUAGUUGGCUAUGGACUGUCGAUGUUUUUUAAAUACAAUUUAUCGGAUAAUCAAGGGACAUAUUUUUAUAAAAAAUCCGGGUGCAUAAACUCGAUCAGCAUCAUUUAAAACCCCUGCAUAUCAAAUAUCAACAGUUUAUAAUGCAGAAUAAUAUUUUUAUACCUCCUAAAACUUUCUGACAUCACUAAGUUUUUUUGCUCUGAAAUCAGAGGAGCUGAUUGGCUGAAUUUAAACCUCUGCCAUGAGUUUUAAAAUCCAACCAAUCGACUGCUCUCAUUUCAGGUUCUAAUGUGACAAUCGCAAGCAGAAGAAUCCGCCUAUUAUGUCAGUCAUAAUCAGCUGUGUCAGAUGAACGAUUGUUCAUCUUCAUUUGUUUCCAGUGCCUCCUAGAUUUUUAAACUGAAAUAGAAACAAAUUUAAAACUUUUAGGUCUAUAAAAUAGUUAUUCUGUGUUUUAAACUAGCGAAAUUUAAUAUACUUUAAAGAUUAUUGCCGGUUAUCGCUAUCAAAGCCUUCUGUGUGAAUUUUUCAUGCGCUGCCUGGUCAACCAGAUAUUGUGGGAAAUACGAAACCUAGUUUAAGUUUAGUUUAGAGAUAACUUACAGAAGAAUUGGUUUGUUUUUUUAUGUGUAAUUGAGCAUUUUAUGAUCGCAUAGAAAUAUUCUGACCAUUAUGAAAAAUUCAGUGAAAUACCCUGUAAAUAUUAAACGACUAUAAAACAAUGUGUGAGAUCGUGUAAAUAAUUUUGAACUUUUUUCAUAAAAUGCUCCGAGCCCAGCUUCACGAAUUAAUGGUUAACGUUUCCUUUCUAAACGCCAUGGUAGAGGUGCCUUCAGUUAAAGAACACUGUGGUGGUUUAAUUGUAAUUUGUAUCAUUAUAAUUUUAUUUUGCCCUAGACGGUCGUUUCGGUUUCCUUGGCGUUUUAACAGGCGAGCCAGUGAUUUUUGUAUACCAAUAAAGAAGUUCUCUGUAUAUUUAUUUUUGACAGUCUUUUUUUUAAGGAUUUAAUAAAUAUCUUGUACAUUAGUAAUACAAUUUAUUUUUAUUUAGCAUUGUAUUAUCUGUUAUAAUAUUAAUAUACCACAAUAAAUUAUUUAAUAGA